UCUCGAGUAGAAGGAGGACAGACCUCGAGUUCUCUGUCACAGAUGUUAAGUUGCUAUAAAGGAGGGGAAUCUCUUAACGGUCCUUCUUCUUAGAAUCUUGGACAUAAUCUUGGUAUCACGCGUGCACCUUAAUAAUUAAUUUAUCUUUUUAAGAACGGACCUGAACACUCGAGCAUCAUGCCAGUAGUGGGCUGCACAUUGUGCAUUAAAUUCAUGCUAUUUUUCUUUAAUUUUGUUUUCUGGUUGGCUGGAGGUGUGAUAUUGGGAGUGGCUCUAUGGCUUCGUCAUGACAACCAGACCAGCAGUCUUCUCAUGCAGCAGUUUGAAGAUGAGCAGGCUCCCAGCACCUUCUAUAUCAGUGUGUAUAUCCUGAUAGCUGUGGGAGCUGUGAUGAUGUUUGUAGGAUUUCUCGGUUGCUACGGUGCCAUCCAGGAAUCUCAGUGUCUUCUCGGAACGUUCUUUUUCAUGUUGGUGUGUCUGUUCGUCUGUGAGGUGGCUGCUGGGAUCUGGGGAUUCAGUAACCGAGACACAAUCUCCAAGGAGAUGAUAACCUUCUAUGAUGCGGCGUACAUCAAGUCAGUGGAAGUCGUCGACUCUCCCAGCAAAACAGCUGCUAUCAAAGUCCUGGAGGUGUUCCACGAGACCCUGGACUGCUGUGGUAAAGGAGACGACUCCCCCUUAUUCGUACAAGUAACCGGAGCCCUGUGUCCCAAGAAGAGCCUGGAAGAUGCCCUGCUGAAACCUUCGAGCUGUCAUCUGAAACUGAAGGAUCUGUUCUCUGAGAAGCUCUACCUGAUUGGUCUAGUUGCCCUGGCGGUCGCUGUCAUCAUGAUCUUUGAGAUGAUCUUCACCAUGGUUCUCUGCUGUGGGAUUCGCAACGCCGCCCCAGUGUACUAGAACCACGGAACCCUACUAGAACCACGGAACCCUACUAGAACCAAGGAACCAUAGAACCAGAGAACCACGGUGGAGGGGCUCAAAUGUACACAAAUCCUCUACAGAUCGAAGUCAUCGAAGGGGAUUGAAAAUGUUACGUGUUGUAGUUCCUGGUUACUUCUUUUUAUAUUGCAGAAGUAUGUACAUUUCUAUCAGUAUUAUAAAUAGAGACUAGAUUUUAUUACAGUAUUUUCUAUGUUUUAACAAUACUCCUAAUAAGCAUUUCAUUACACCCGCAAUAACAUCUGCUAAAUAUGGGUAUGCAACCAAUGAAAUUUGAUCUGACUGUUUGAGUCUGUCGAUGACCAACAGACAUUCAGCAUCUCUCUAAUGCUAAACUUUUUACUACUUUCUUGUUAUCUCUGAGCCCUUUGUAUGUUUUCAUGAAGUGCUUUUCCAAGGUUUUGUAUGUUUUCGUGAAGUGCUUCUCCAAGGUUGAAGAGUUCAGUGGUCUUUUUGUAUGGUGUAUAAACUGUACACAAUCAUUGAGUGAGUCCAAAAUGGCACCCUGUUCCCUUAUGGUGCACUACUUUUCACCUCAAGGUCCAUAGGGAGUCAGUAAAAAGUAGUGCACUACAUUGGGAAUUGCCAUUUGCGAGUAACUCACAGACAGCUUGACAAACAGGGCUUUAGUUAGAACAGUGCUCACUGGUACAGAGUAGCAACAUCUCACAUUUCCUACAGCUUGAGUACAGUACUGGCACGUCUUAUAGAAUAUUAACUCUAAUAUCCAGGACACGCUUGCUCAUUCAAGGGUUUUUCUUUAUUUUACUCUUUUCUACAUUCGAAUCCCCGAGCUGACGAGGUAAAAAUCUGUCGUUCUGCCCCCUGAACAAGGCAGUUAACCCACUGUUCCCCUGAACAAGGCAGUUAACCCACUGUUCCCCUGAACAAGGCAGUUAACCCACUGUUCCCCUGAACAAGGCAGUUAACCCACUGUUCCCCAGUAGGCCGUCAUUGAAAACAAGAAUUUGUUCUCAUUUUAACUGACUUUCCUAGUUAAAUAAAAGGUAAAAUAAAUAAAUAAAUAAAGACAAGUGAAGACAUAAAAACUAUGAAAUAACACAUAGAGAAACCAGAGCUCGCACCCUAUUCCCUGGUUGAGAGAAUGCCAAGAGAAUGCAAAGAGUGUGCAAAGCUGUCAUCAAGGCAACGGGUGGCAACUUUGAAGAAUCUCAAAUAUAAAAUACGUUUUGAUUUGUUUAACACUUUUUUGGGGCUUACUACAUGAUUCCAUAUGUGUUAUUUCAUAGUUGUGAUGUCUUCACUAUUAUUCUACAAUGUAGAAACAUAGUUACAGUGAAGAAAAAGCUUGGAAUAAGUUGGUGUUUCCAAACUUUUGACAGGUACAGUAUAUAUAUUUAUAUAUAUACCGGACAGAACCUUUUCUUAUUCAACUUCAAGCACUGCCUGCCUACCAACCACUAAUAAAAUAGCACCCUAUUCCCUAUAUAGUGCACUACUUUAGACCAGAGCUCGCACCCUAUUCCCUAUAUAGCGCACUACUUUAGACCAGAGCUCGCACCCUAUUCCCUAUAUAGUGUACUACUUUAGACCAGAGCUCGCACCCUAUUCCCUAUAUAGUGCACUACUUUUGACCAUAGUUAUAUGGGGCCCUGGUCUAAAGUAGUGCACUAUAUAGGGAAUAGGGUGCCAGCCCGUCCUUCCCUCCUCGAAGAUAAUGGCGCGAACAGGAAUGGCCAUGCAUAGUAAAGCUAUAAAGAUCUAAUUCAUAAUGAACCACAACUAAAUUGUGCAAAUUUAUACUUCUAAUAAAAACCUUUUUGUCUGUUUCUCUA